GCCUCCGUUCACUUUAUCUUUUCCAAUCAUGCACCACAACCUGUCUUAGACUCUGUCCUUUGCUCCUUUACUUAAGCCAUCCGUCUCUCUCUUCACUCCACGUCAACAACGACUCAUUCACUGCAAAAGAAAAAAAAAGUAAGAAUUCUUUCCCACUCUUCUUCUAAAGUUCAGGAUUUCAGACUCUCUCUCUUCUGUUUGGUACCCAAGAAAAACUCUGAGAAAGCAAGAGAUGGGUUUUUCAAGGAAAGAGUACGAAUUCUUGAGUGAGAUCGGGUUGAGUUCUAGCAAUUUGGGAUGUUUUGUGAAUGGCACCUGGAAAGGAAGUGGCCCUGUUAUUUCUACUGUGAAUCCUGCUAAUAAUCAGAAAAUUGCCGAUGUUACCGAGGCUUCCAUCCAAGAUUAUGAGGAAGGGAUGCAAGCUUGCAACGAAGCAGCAAAGAUUUGGAUGCAAGUUCCAGCCCCUAAGAGAGGUGACAUAGUUCGACAAAUAGGUGAUGCAUUAAGAACCAAACUACAGCAACUUGGCCGCCUUGUCUCACUUGAGAUGGGAAAAAUUCUUCCUGAAGGAAUUGGGGAAGUUCAAGAAAUAAUUGACAUGUGUGACUUUGCUGUGGGGCUAAGCCGGCAAUUGAAUGGAUCAAUAAUACCUUCAGAACGUCCAAAUCACAUUAUGUUGGAGAUGUGGAAUCCUCUUGGAAUAGUUGGUGUAAUUACGGCAUUCAACUUCCCAUGUGCUGUUCUUGGAUGGAAUGCCUGCAUUGCGCUGGUGUGUGGAAACUGCAUUGUUUGGAAAGGUGCUCCAACCACUCCUUUGGUCACCAUAGCAAUGACAAAGCUAGUGGCUGGAGUUUUGGAAAAGAAUAACUUACCAGGUGCAAUUUUCACAUCAUUUUGUGGUGGUGCUGACAUUGGGGAAGCAAUAGCAAAAGAUAGACGCAUUCAUCUAGUUUCAUUCACUGGGAGUUCGAAGGUGGGUUUAAAGGUGCAACAAACAGUGAAUGAGAGAUUUGGUAAAUGCUUGCUUGAACUAAGUGGAAACAAUGCUAUAAUUGUCAUGGAUGAUGCCGAUGUACAGUUAGCUGUUCGUUCUGUUCUAUUUGCUGCUGUUGGUACUGCUGGUCAGCGCUGUACCACAUGCCGUAGACUGCUUCUUCAUGAAAGUAUAUAUCAGACGGUACUUGGCCAGCUACUUGGUGUGUACAAACAAAUUAAAAUAGGGGAUCCAUUAGAAAAGGGUACCUUACUUGGGCCACUGCAUACUUCUUCUUCAAGGAAGAACUUUGAGAAAGGAAUAGAAAUAAUCAAGUCACAGGGAGGGAAAAUUCUUACUGGUGGCAGACUGAUAGAGUCUGAGGGGAACUUUGUGCAGCCUACAAUUGUCGAGAUUUCUCCAAAUGCUGACGUUGUUAAAGAAGAGUUGUUUGCACCAGUUCUUUAUGUCAUGAAAUUUAAUACUUUGAAAGAAGCAAUUGAAAUAAACAACUCUGUUCCUCAAGGAUUAAGCAGUUCUGUCUUCACUCGUAAACCUGAAGUUAUCUUCAAAUGGAUUGGGCCUCAAGGAAGUGACUGUGGCAUUGUUAAUGUGAACAUACCAACCAAUGGAGCUGAAAUAGGUGGUGCUUUUGGUGGUGAAAAGGCUACAGGAGGAGGCCGUGAAGCUGGAAGUGACUCUUGGAAACAGUAUAUGCGACGCUCAACCUGCACAAUAAAUUACGGGAACGAGUUACCUCUGGCACAAGGAAUCAAUUUCGGCUAGGAAUGCGACAUGGGUCGGCCUAAGGAACCCAGUUUUACAUGUCCUGCAAAAUCAACACUACCGGCCUUGUUCGUUUGCAUCGUUGAUAGCCCCGAGAUCUUUUGUGCUUUAGACUGGGCUUUGGUUCACAAAAUUUGUUGCCUAAAAACUUAAAUAAUAACAUAUAGAAUUUUAAAAAAGAAAGGCACAAUGUUCCUAUGCCUUGCACUGAAGAAAUCCAUGUUUAAAGCAAACUUGAAAAAAACUGCAGGUCUAGUCUGUCUACUGUAAUAAUUCUUAUUAUCAAAGAACGGUAUUGAAUUUGCUUCUUUUUUUUUU